GUCGCGCUUAUUCCCGCUCCUCUGCCCCGCCAGAGACCCCAAGCCAUGGGGGUCAAACAAUCGACUCCCCACCCCCCCCACUCACAAACAAACACACGUGUGUGUCACACCCACACUCGGUUUAAAUACUCGCCGCGCAGCACAUAAACACACCUUCACGACUUGUCAUAGCAACGGAGAACAAAAACAGACGUCCAGAUAUAAAAAAAGGAGUGCGUAACCAAACUAGCACAAGGUACGCUCGAUUAAAGAGAGUGGAUUCUGGUGCGCGCUCGGAGCAGCGCACUCCUAAGUGCGUGCAGAUGGUUGCCGCUUUAGAAAAUGCAACAGCGGCUUACUGGCUUGCCAUGCAACCCGCUCGACAUUGCUUAAUGUUCUAAUAGGAAUGCGACAAGCCAUGGACGAGUACAUUAAGAUUGAGAAAAUCGGCGAAGGCUCGUACGGAGUGGUGUACAAGGGACGGAACAAGGGCACGGGCGAUCUCGUGGCGCUCAAGAAGAUCCGCCUGGAGCACGAGGAGGAGGGCGUGCCCGCCACGGCGAUCCGGGAGAUCGCGCUGCUGCGCGAACUCAGGCACCCCAACAUCGUGCGGCUACAGGAUGUACUCCUGCAGAGCGCUCGACUCUACUUGAUCUUCGAGUACCUUCCCAUGGAUCUGAAGCGAUACCUGGAUGCGAUACCUGCGGGCCACUGCAUGGAACCUCCACUCAUCCAGAGUUACCUGCAUCAGAUCCUGCAGGCCGUGGUGUUCUGCCACUCGCGCAGGGUGCUGCACCGUGACCUCAAACCGCAGAACCUGCUCAUCGACAGGCACGGCCACAUCAAGCUCGCCGACUUCGGCCUGGCGCGGGCGUUCGGUGUGCCCGUGCGCGUCUAUACGCACGAGGUGGUGACGCUGUGGUACCGCGCUCCCGAGGUGCUGCUCGGCACGCCGCGGUACAGUACCCCCGUGGACAUGUGGAGUGUGGGCACCAUCCUGGCCGAGAUGGUCAACAAGCGGCCGCUCUUCCACGGAGACUCUGAGAUCGACCAGCUCUUUCGCAUAUUCAGGAUCCUCGGCACACCCACCACCGAGGUUUGGCCGGACGUGGUGACCCUGCCCGACUACAAGCCCAGCUUCCCCAAGUGGGUGCCCAGCGGCCUGGUCGCCCACGUCCCCGGCCUCAACCAGGACGGCAUCGAUUUGCUUGAGAAAAUGCUGACCUAUGACCCUGCAAGAAGAAUAUCAGCAAAACGGGCCCUGACUCAUCCCUACUUCCAGAAUGAGAAAAGCCAAUGAUAUUCUUCACUCUCAGACGCAUUAGUAUGUUGGGUUCGAUCUCGACCCUGACGGGAUCGAACUGAUCAAACUUGGGUUCGUCCUAACCCUCACGCCUGUAUAUUCGGAGUUUGCAUGUUCUCCCCGUGGUCAAGUGGAUUUUUUCUCCGGAUCCUCCGGUUUUUCCCUCCACAUGAAGAAUCAGCAUCACGUAUUUACAGUAUUUGGUUGCUCUAAAUUU